AUGGCUCAUUACUACGACGAUCAGCUUAAGCGACCAACGUCCUUCAACUUCGCCACAGAUGUGGUGGACUACUGGGCAAAGAAUGCCCCCAAAGAUGGAUGUGCCAUGCAUUGGAUCUCACAAGAUCGCAAGACGGAGCGGCGACUUUCAUUCGAGCAUUUCAGCCGGCAAUCGCACAGACUUGCUGCCAUGUUCACUGAACAUCUUGGAGUCAAGAAAGGCGAAAAAAUGCUGAUCAUCAUGCCGCGACUGCCCGAGUGGUGGGAGAUUGCCACAGCAGGUCUGCGGAGUGGGAUCGUGAUCUGCCCGGCUACGACUCUACUUGUUGACAAGGACAUUGAGUACAGAGUGAAAAAAAUUGGAGCGUCGGUCUUCCUCGGCGACACGGUAGCCGUCGGGAAGUUCUUGAAAGUCAGGAAGAACUGUCCUUCGAUCAAGCACGUCUUUCAGUUGGAUGGCAAGGCUCCAGAAGGUGUUGUACUCCUGAGUGAGGCUCUGGACAAAGUACCACGGGACGCAAGAUUCAGUGGUCCUGCCCCUGGGAUCAAAGACCCAAGCAUGAUCUACUUCACUUCAGGCACCACUGGUCCACCUAAAAUGGUGCAACACAAUCAGAUCUCUUACCCUCUGGGCCAUACGAUCACCGGCAAGCACUUCCAUCGCUUGAAGCCCGGAUUUCUCAGCUGGGUUUUAACAGAACAAGGCUGGGCGAAAGCUGGCUGGGCAUUCUUAGGAACGUGGAAUUGCGGAGCAGGCCUAUUUAUUCACGAUGAUCGAGGAGCCUUCAACCCCAAAGCCACUCUCGAUAUUCUUCAUGAAUACCCCAUCACCACAUUCUGCGCUCCUCCUACCGUGUACCGUCAAUUAGUCCUCGACGAGCAACGGAAGUACAUCAAACAGAACAAGCCCAAGGCACUAAAACACUGUACCGGAGCUGGCGAGCCCCUCAAUCCUGAAGUAAUUCGCCUCUGGCAAGAAACAACCGGUAUGGAGAUCUGCGACGGAUUCGGGCAAAGCGAGACUAUACUCUUGUGUGGUAAUUUCAAAGGAAACAAGAUUCGACCCGGGUCGAUGGGGAAACCUUCUCCUGGCACACCACUUUACGUGGUGAACGACGACGGGAAGAUCGCCGCAGAUGACGAAGAAGGUGACAUUGCGGUCAAGGUCGAUUUGAACGAAAGUUCGAAUUUCUUCGGUGUCUUCGAUGGAUAUCUCGAUGAGAACGGAAACCUGGACAGAAAACUCGUUGAAUCAUCAGAAGGCAAGGGUCAAGCGUGGUAUUCAACGGGAGACCGAGCAACCCGAGACAAAGAUGGCUAUUUCUGGUUCGUAGGGAGAAAUGACGAUGUCAUCAAUUCCGCUGGAUACCGCAUUGGACCUUUUGAAGUCGAAUCUGUCCUCAAACAACACCCUGCUGUUGUGGAGAGUGCUGUGGUCUCAUCGCCAGACCAAUCGAGAGGGGAGGUCGUCAAAGCGUUCAUUGUACUGACGGAGGAGUACUCCAAGAAAGAUCAAGACGGCUUAGUGAAGGAAUUGCAGGAUUACUGUAAAGCAAAUGCGGCGCCCUACAAGUAUCCGAGAAAGGUGCAAUUCGUGGAUGCCACAUUUCUGCCCAAGACGAUUUCCGGCAAAAUUCAACGGAAGAAAUUGAAGCAAGAUGAGUGGGCACAAAAUAAACCAAAAUUGUAGCGGGUGAGCAAGC